CAGAAGAAACUCUUUGGCAUUGGAAGGAGAAAGAGAGACAGACGGAGACAUUGUCGUCCUCAUCAUGUCCGCUAAUCUGUCUCCCCGGCACAUCUCUCGCCUCUUCACCAUCGCCUGUGUCUUCUCUCACCUGAGUCCCCGCUACUCCCUGUCACUGGCCGAUGGCGUCACAGGACCCCACAAGAUUAUCCCACAACACUAUGCCUUAGCUGGCGAAGACGUCAGUUUUCCCUGUGACGUCACAGGAAACGUCAGCAGUUGGAUCUGGACAGGUCCCCACCUCCAAGCCCCGCCCCUCGUCUCCUCCUCCACAAAUCAGACGUCAUCCUCUAGAGUGACGUAUCAACGAGAGUGUGUGGUGUCGUCCAAUAACAUUUCAAGUCCCUGCUUGGUUUUGAACAUACGUCACAUCCGGCAUGGGGACGCUGGGGUCUACAACUGUCAACAAAAGGAUUCCAACCUUGACCUUGUCACUCAAGGUCAACGGCUGGUGGUAGUAGACAGCGACCAGACGCUCUAUCUUGUCGUGUGCGCCUGUCAUGCGCGCCUCGCUAGAGCCUCCAGAUGUUCCUCUGUGAUUCUUUGGGACUCCAGAUCUUGGAGAUUCCAUGACAGCGAUGAACAAGAAGGGAUAACUCUAGCAGUGAAAGUAGGCAUCGCUCUCUCUGUGUGUAUCGGAGUGUUACUUGCCUUUGGACUGUGCACGCUGUGGGCAAAAUGCAAGAGCAAAGGCACUCAACAAGUGAUCAGUGGGCCUACCUACCACACAGGAAGCGAGUCGGAAGGGCUGACCACAAGUAGCAGGACAACGUACACCCAGCCUGGUGGUGAUGGCGGUGAACGGGGUCACUGUUACGGGGGCGUGGUGACGUCGCAGAUGACGCUGGGUGGAGAGGCAGGGAUGGCCGCUGCUGGAGGGCACAGAGACAGGAAGAGCUCUGUGGUGAGGAGGGAGGAGGAGGAUGUCGAGAGGGGAAAUGUUUGGAGAUCAACCCGUGCAGAGGAGGACGUGAAACGGAAGACGUCGAAAAUGAGCACGGGAGACCAGCUGUGUAGGGUCAAAUGUCACCUGUGUCGAGCUGCGGCGCUCUUUCUGCGGUCACGGGAUGUACACACCAAGGCCAAUACCACAAUGACCACUAUGUGUUAGAGACGGUAACUGAUGAAACGGUCGAAGGUCGAAGUUCACUUAAGUUUGAUAUUCUUUCGGGAGCAAAAACGCUUCGAGACGAAA